GUCCCAAUCCAGCUAGGGUGGGGAGAUCAAAGGGUGGCAGGUGAGCGUGUCGCUGGGACUUUCUGGGGCAGGGGGGGGACGUUAAGAUGUGGAGACCUCCCCAGCCAAGAGGGGCUCCGUGGAGGCACAGUCUGGCUGGGCAAAAGCAGGAUGCACAGCGGCACUCUGCCCCAGCUCCCCGGCACCCUGUGAAGGAUGAACACCCGGGGCUUGCAGGAUAAGCAGCCCACUGACAACGCUACCAACGGCAGUAACCACAGCGAGAGGGAACGCAUCCGAGGGCGCAUGAAGAUGGUGAUCGGGCAACUCGAAGGCAUCCUGCAAGAACUCAAGGAGGUGGCCAAGGAGCUCCGUGAAGUGGUAAGCCAGAUUGACAAACUGACGUCAGACUUCGAGUUUGAGCUGGAGCCAGACGACUGGACGACUGCAACGGUGAGCAGCACCUCAAGCAGCGAGAAAGGAGGUGGCAUGUUUGACCUUGGGCACCUUGAUUUCAUGACCUCGGAUAUCCUCUCUGACAGCUGGGAGUUCUGCUCUUUCCUUGAAGCCUCCACCCCGUCCGAUUCCGGCGAUGGCUCUGAGCACCAGCCGGCCCAGCAGGGACGUCAGCCCGACUACCGGCUGAUGAACGGCGGAGUCCUGAUCCCCAACGGACCCCGGGUAGAGACCCCAGACUCUUCUAGCGAGGAGGCCUUCAGCUCUGCCCCGAGUCACAAAACCCAGCACCAGAGGACGCCUGGCACCAGGGAGCGGGUGCGGUUCAGUGACAAAGUCCUCUAUCACGCUUUGUGCUGCGAUGACGACGACGAGGAUGCCGACGGGGGCACGCCUCCCGAGGACGCUCUCGAGGAGCCCGGCGAGGUGGCCCACAAGGUGGCGCCCAUCUCCAAGGCCACGCCCCGGCGGUCGCCUCACCUCAGUAGCGCUCAGCAACGGAAGCUGACGCGGAACAGCAGCACUCAGACUGUGUCAGACAAAAGCACGCAGACGGUGCUACCUUACAUCUCGGGCAAACAGAAAAUCAAAAGCAAGAACUGA